CGAGACCUGUGUUGUCUCUACUUGCCAGUUCUGCUAGAUCCUUUACCUCCAUCGGACCCAGAGACUCCCAGAUGGGGGUGGUGAUGUACAGUGAAAAUCCAAAAGUGCGCUUCCUCCUCAGUCGUCAUAGCAACAAUGAGACCGUUCUGCGGGAUAUUUUGACCACCCCAUUCAAUGACAGACCAGGAAAUAAUAUAGGCCAGGCAAUGACAUACGCACGUCAGUUUUUGCUGAGCACGCAAGCAGGUCGUAGGUAUGGUGUUCCCGGGGUGGUUGUCAUUAUCGCUGACGAGAAGUCAACCGAUGAUCUUAGCCAGCCCGCUGCUGCUGUUAGAGCCGAUGGUGUGACAGUGUUGGCGGUAGGAAUUGGACGUGCAGACUCUAGAGAGCUGCGUUUGGCAGUGACGGAUGGCAGCACUCAGAAUCUGCUCUAUGCUCAAGAUGCAAAUCAGCUCUAUGGUCUCCACCCCGACCUGGCAGACCUCCUCUGUGGCCUUGCACGAGGGACUAGUGUCACGCCAGUGCCUUGUACUGUAGAGUGUCCAAAGGGUGCUAAAGGGGAACCGGGUCAGAAGGGUGAGAGGGCCAGAGAUGGAGUGGAUGGAAGAAAAGGCGAGCCUGGUCGUGAUGGUUUACCCGGUCGUGAGGGCCCCAGAGGGCCAGCGGGGCCACCAGGUCAACCAGGCAGUGGUCUGGGAAUGAGAGGAGAGAAAGGCGAGAGAGGUUUCCCAGGACUGGAUGGCAGUCCAGGUCUUCCAGGUCGUUCUGGUGCAGUUGGAUUACCAUGCAGUGCCACUUAA